UCCACUUCCGUUUCUACUCUUCAUAAUAUCUGAUAUAUCACUUCAUACCAUCCAUAGUGGUUAUUUCAACCAUGGCGAUGGCAAGAUCACUGUCUGUCUGCUCCCUUCGCUUCUCUUUCCUCCUUCCACGCUGCCUUCACUCCACUGCCGCCCCUCCGCUCCCAACCCUCAUCCUCGCCCGUCGUCACAACCCCGCUGCCGCCGCCCUCUGUCGCUCCCUCCCUCCCGUUGCCGCCCGCUUUACCGCCGUCCGCUGCAAUGCCAACCGCGCCGCUGAGAACUUGGCUUACUCGCCGCUGAACAACAGCUCGUCGGGUUCCAACUUCAGCGAGCGGCCGCCCACCGACAUGGCCCCGCUGUUCCCAGGGUGCGAUUACGAACAUUGGCUGAUCGUCAUGGACAAGCCCGGUGGCGAGGGUGCCACCAAGCAACAGAUGAUCGAUUGCUACAUUCAGACCCUCGCCAAGGUCCUUGGAAGUGAAGAGGAAGCUAAGAAGAAGAUUUACAAUGUUUCAUGUGAGAGGUACUUCGGGUUUGGAUGUGAGAUUGAUGAAGAGACCUCUAAUAAGCUGGAAGGGUUGCCUGGAGUUCUGUUUGUUCUCCCAGAUUCAUAUGUUGAUCCUGAAAACAAGGACUAUGGUGGCUAAUAGUCAUUUUCAAAUGCAUUGGUCCAGCUGAACUAUUUGUGAAUGGAGAAAUCGUCCAGAGAUCACCUGAAAGACAGAGAAGGGUGGAGCCACAGCCACAACGGCAUCAAGACAGGCCAAGAUACAAUGAUAGAACAAGGUAUGCUCGACGCAGAUAAAGCAUAAGGUGAAGGAGCAAGUGUUGAUGAGAGGGAGAGAGAUGUAGAUGCUUUGCAUAAGGAUUGGAAUCUGCUUCAGUUUGUAGCCUUUGGAUGCCAACACAAUUAAACAAAUCAUGUUUGCAUCAUGUUAUAAGGCAGAGAUAUAUUUAGGUGGCCAGAUAUGUUCUAAAUAACAAUACUCAGUUGGAAACGUAUCAGGUGGAUUCUAUUCUUUGUAAUAGCUUUUCAUAUUUAGCAGAAUGCUGACCAUAAAAGAUAUCUCCGUCUAAUGUUACUGUUUCUAAUCUUUAUGCUGUUAGCUCACACUUGAUCUGAAAAAGUGCUUUUCCUUGGUUUUUUGAAGUUUGACGGGUCUUAUUUUGAGUUGAACCUGGUCUUGAUAUAUAAUUAGCAUUUGGU